AUGCGAGAAUACGAAAACUUUUAUUGUUUUGUCUUAAGAAAUUUAUCUCAUGUCAAUAUUGCUAAUUCUGGAUGUUGCCAUAAUUAACUAAGAGUUUUUUUAUUUUGUGCUACAAAUUAAUAGAUAGCAAAAAAUUAAAUUUUUAAUCAUUUAUUAAUCACAAAUAAUCAAAAAUAUUUUUAAUUAUAGAUGAAGUAAACUAUAUCUUUUUCUUUUUUGAUAGUAAUAUGUUUUGAAAUUCAAACAUAUUUGUGUUGGAGCAUUUCAAUUUUACCACCAUAAUACCCAUUUAAAUAAUUUGUAAUACAAUAAUCGAGUAAUGUUGGUGGAGAAAGUGCAUGUUUUGGAGUUUGGAGUAAAUAUGUACCUUUGAGUAAUAUUGUAUAAACAGGAGAAUACGGAAUACUUGAUAGUAGCUGCUUUCAUUAAUUUAGAAUUUAAGAAAAAGUAGAAAAAAAUUUAUAUUUUUUAUAUUUUGAAUGCAUAAGUUUUGAGGAUAAAAUUGUUAAGAAAUACUUUUAAUUUUUAGAUAGUGAUAAUAGAGUUACAAUUGAAUAAAUUUCAUUCGAUUUAAGUUCAUAUGAAGGUUCUUGGUUUUUCAAUGGAUUCUUGGCAAGUCCUUUAGAAAAAAGAGUAACUAUCUAUAUUAAGGAAUAAUAAACGAAUUAAAUAUUUUCUAAAGAUAUAUCAAUUAGGUUUCCAUUUAAAGAAUAUAUUUUUAUUUAAAUAAUUGGCGGAGAUUUUAAAGUAGAACAGGCAUCAAAAUUUUAUUUAUUUGAAAAUAAGUUACUAUCAUAUUUCCCAGGAUAAAUAUCAUAUCUUUAAAGUUGUUCUUAUGAUAGACCUGAUUAAUUUUUUUAAUUAAUCUAAUUAAGGGAAUAAAAACCAUGUAUUUGCAAAAAUAAUUAAAUAACGGAUUUACCAGAUGUUAAAAUUUAAAAUUAAGAUAUUUAUGAAUUUUUAUCAUAAAAUACUAAUUGUUAAUAAUUUCUUUUAGCAGGAUGGAUAAAAAUUUUAGAAAUUAAUAACAAUUCUAAUGAAUUUUAGUUUUUGUUAUUAAAAUUAAUGGGUAAUUUUUAACAUCCUUAAUUGACUUAAGAAAAUUUAUCUGCAUUUUAAUUAUUAUACAAAUUAUCAACAUAGAUAAAUUAAAUCAUUUUAACUACUUAUAGCUAUACCUUGCCUGUUGUAAAUAUUGAUUUUUCAACCAAUCCUUAUUUAAAGAAAGUAGAAUUUGAAGUGACCAAUGAUAUUUAAUUGUGGCAUUACCUUCUUGUUGAAAAAUUAGAUUAAUUUAUUUCAAUUACUAUUACAUUUUAUUAGGGAUAUAAUUAAGAAAAAUUUAGCUUUACUUUAGAGGUAGUUUAAUUCUAAAUGGUAUAAUUUAAAUUACUAUAUGGAAAUAUUUUUUAAUCAAAAUCUAACUAUUUAACUCUUCAACUUACAGGAUUUUAAUUAUUUAAUUGUCUUGAUUUUAAUAGUCCGUAGAGAAAUUGUCAUCCAACAUGCAAAGAAUGUGAUGGUCCAACAAAAGAUGAUUGUUUAUCAUGUUAUGAAGAUUCAAAUAGAAGAUAUAUAUCAGAAUAUAAAGUUUGUAUUUGUGAAUAUGGAACUAUUGAUUAGAAUAAUGAAUGUAUUAAUUAUUAAACAUUAUAAUUAAAUAAAAUUGAUGCCUAGUAAAUUGAAAAAUAAUGUCAAUAUGGUUUUUUUGAAAUUAACGGUGAUUGUUAUAAAUGGUAUAAUUUAUUUUUUAUAUUUAGUCCAUCAAUUAUUACAACUACUGUAAUAACAUGUUUAGAAUGUAUUUUAAAUCCAAAAUCAUGGAUUCAUACUCUUCUUUGUUAAACUUCUUUCCUUGUUCAUCAGAAUGGAAGUGUUACUAAAUAUUUUAAUAAAGAAAAUUUAUAAUACGUUUUUGCAGGAGAUGAAUUAAAAAACUGUCCUGAUUGUGAUUUGAAUUUGAAAGCACCAUAUGAUUUAAUUGAAGCAUCAUUGAUAUUCAAAAAUUUUUGCUCUGCCAGUCAAUCAAUAAAUAAAAAUUGUUAUUUGUGUAUAAAUCCAUGUAAGUAAUGUGCAAUUUCAUCAACAAAUUAAUUUUGUUUAGAUAGGACUCCAAAUGUUAGUUUUGCCAAUAAUCCUUGUUAUGCUCCAAAAUACAUAAAUUUUUAUAAGAAUUGUGUUACUUGUAAACUAGAAAAUUGUUUAUAUUGUUUUGAUUAUUUAGCUAGUGAUCCAACAAAAUCUACACUUGAAAAUUUAGAAAUUUUUUCACUUAAUGAUGAAGAGAUAAAAUUAGGUUGUGCUUAGUGUGUAGAAGGAUAUGUAUUUGAAUUUAAAACAUCAACUUGUAUCAAUUAAAAACCAACUUAAUAAAAUUGCCUUAGAUCUUAUAUUAGUCUUGAUGAUAGAGAAAUUUGCACACUAUCAAAUGAUUUCACUAUCUCUUUAGAAAAAAUAAAUUGCCAAGACCUUAUUCUACAUUGUAAAUAAUGUAUCAAAACUAUAUAAACAACAAUAAAAUGUUUAAUUUGUGAGGAUGGUUAUAUAGUCUCUUCUAUUACAGGAGUUUGUAGCAUUUGUCCUAUUUUAAAUUCAAAAUAAUGCUAAUAAGAUAAUUUAUAAGAACCAGGGAAAUGGUAAUUUUAAGGUUUUAUAAUCUAAUUUUUGCCACCUAAAACUAGAAUAAAUUAUGAUAUAUCUAGACCAAAUGAAAUAGUAAUUGAGUGUCAUCAAGGAUAUCGAGUUUUAGACAACUAUUGCCCACAAUAUUGUGAUGAAUCUUGUUCAGUGUGUGAAACAGAAAAAUUGUCACCAUCCUCCACAUUUUAUUGUUCUAAAUGCAAGAGAAAUUAUUACAAAGAACUAAUUAGAGUAUCAGUUGAUAGAAAAUGCAUAGAAUGCCCUUCAUUGUGUUAAGUUUGCUAGAAUAGAUCUACUGAUGAGAUUAAUGUAUUAGAAAUAAUUAUAAUAGCAAAUAAAUCCUUAUUUUAUAUAAGAUACAGAAAACUCAAUAUAUACUUUUAGGUGCAUCUAAAAAGUUCCAUUUGACAGCAAAAUUCAUAUUGAUCCAACCCUAGCGAUUGCUUAAUAUUGUUAUUAAGACAAUUGUAACUAUAAAUUAGAAAUUAUAUAUGUAAUAUUACAUUCACUAACUUAGAAUGAUAUAAAAUGCAAUUAAAUAGAAAUUAUAAAUGAUGCUGAAUAUAAUUAUAAAUAUUUAAAUGAAAUUGGACUCAAAUAUAUCGCGGUCACAAUAAAAUUAAUAUUAGAUUGUCAAUUUUCUUAUAAAGAAUUCAUAAUUUAAAACUAUUUUAAGGAAAAUAUAUUUUCUAUAAGAAAAAGCGAAUUAAUUCUUUAGGGUAAUAUAAACCCUAUAAUAAUACUAAAAAACAUUAAAUUGGUAAUAUUAAACCAUGAUUAAAUUGUAAUAAGUAAUUGUAUUUUUUAAAUAUCAACUUAAAUGGAAAUGAUAAUGACAAAUAGAGGUCAAUCAAUUAAUUUUUACAUUUUAAAUACAAAGUUUUAUUCAUAACAAAGUUAUCCUACAUAAAUAUCUAUUAAGGCAGAUAGCUUUUAUUAAUUUAAUAUUGAGAAUUUUACAAUUUCAGAUAUCACCAUAGAAAAUUCAAUAAUUUUUGAUAUAUUUUAUUAAGGUUUGAAUGAAGAUAUUAUGAUUAACAAUAUAAAACUUUAGGAUUGUAGAAUAAUAAAUUCAACUUUAUUUUAUUUUUAUAAUGUAAAGAGUAUCAUUUUUAUCAAGAAUUUUACAAUUGAUUCAUGUACCUUUGAAAAUUCAUCAAUUUUUAUUUUUUAAAUGGAUUAAAAUAGUAUAUCUAAUGUAUUCUUAAAUGAAUUAGUGAUAUCAAAUUGUUUAUUUGAAAAUUCAAAACUUAUAUAUAGCCCAGACACAACAAUUUUAAAUAUUAAUAAUUUAUCAAUUAUCAAUAAUAAGAUGCUAAAUUCUUAAUUUAUAGUAUUUAAUUACAACUUUUAUUGUAAUGAUAUUAAAAUUAUUGAUAAUUAUUUUCUUUAGCUUUAAUUAAUUGCAUAAAUCUAAUCAAUGCUAUCAAUAAAAGAAAUUUAGAUAAAGAACUUAUAAGUAAAAAAAAAUCAUUUAACAAAUUGCUCAUUAUUUAUUACUUAACAAAAAUAAUUAUUUAAUAAUAUUGACUUUUUAUUAUUAAAUUUUCAUUUUGAAGAUAAUAUUCCUUCUUGUCGAAACGACGAUAUUCUAAUCUCAAUAAACUGUUUUAAUUUAAUAAUUAAAAAUAUUUUUCUAAAAAAUACUACAAAUUAUCGUUUCUUAAAUUUAUUAGAUAUACAUUAAAUUCAAAUCGAUAAUUUAAUGUAUGAAAAUUAAGUUCAGGAAUAUAAAGUGCCUUAUUAAUUUGAUUGCUUAAGAAUUUGUGUUCCACAGUCACAAUUACUUUAAAUUUUUGGAUUUAAUAGAGUUAUUAUAAAGAAUAUACAAGUGAAAAGUUAAUUUAGUGUAGAUUUAUCAUUAAUAUCAAUUUAUUCAAAUCCUUUGAAUACAUCAAAUUAAAAUGAAUUUAUAAUUAUAUCAAAUUCUAUAAUGAAGGGAAACAUUUUACUAAAGCAGAAUUUAGGUAUACUUUUUUCUUUAAUGGAAUUUUAUUCAAAAAAUUCUUUAAAUAUAGCAAUAAAUAAUUUAACUUUUGAAGAAAAUAUUUUCCAUUAAUAUUAAUCAGAUCCCUCUUAAACUUAAGCCAGCUUGAUGUAUUUUGACACAAAAUAAAGUUUUAUAAUUGUGAAACACAUUUUCUGCAUUUAUAAUUCUAUGACAAAUUCUUCGUAAUCAUUUUUUUCAAUAUCUUCAGAGGAAGUUUAUUUAGAAAAUAUUACUGUCUUCAAUCAUAAUUGGCUAAACAAAGAACUUUGGAUAAAAUAUUAUGAUGUUCAAUUCUUAGGAGAAUACAAUUAUGAUGAAAUUUCUUAUGCAAUUUAAUAAACUUAUAAAAUAUAGAAUAUUGGAGGUAUUUUCUCAAUAUUUGUUUCAAAAUUUACAAUUAAUAAAGGAUUCUUUAGUUAUAUUUUAGCUGAAAGCAAUUUAAUUCUUAACAUUAAUUUAUAAGGAGAGGGAAUUGGUAUCAUAAAUAAUUGUAGCAUUAUUCAUGCAUAAAAUUCACUAAUUUCAAAUUCUGAAAAUGAUGGAGCUAUUACCAUAAAUGGCAGGAAAAGUUUAUUAAAAAUAUUCCUUGAAAAUAUUACUUUAGAAAAUGUAUAUAAUAAACUAUCGUCAUCCAUAUUUUCAAUAUAUCCAUCAUUGAAAUAAAAUAACAUUAGAUUUAAAAAUAUCACUGUUAAAAAUUGCUUUUCUCUUGUUAAUUCAAUAAUUAAUUUUUAAUCUGAAUUUUAAAACGCAAAUAAGAAUAAAAUUUUUAUUGAAAAUCUUAGCAUUUUUUAAAAUGAAUAAGCUUUAUUUAAAUUCCUUCAAUCGAUUGGAAAAAUUAGUUCAUUAGAACUUCAAAAAGUUAUUGAUGACAAUGCUAUGAUGAAUUUCUUAGGAUGUCAAAUAUAGUUCAUAGGAUUAAGAAUAGAGGGAAUCAUUUUAUCCUCGAUAGUCAAAAUUAGAGAUUCAAAUUAUAUAAAAUUGGGUCAUUUACAAUUUUUUUUUAUUUCAACUUUUUAUCCCUUAAAUUUUAUAGAUAUAUAAUAAAACAAUAUUUUAUAAUCUACAAUGAUUAUUAAUAACAUCAGAAUCACAAAUUUAAUUGAUUUCUAAUAUUAGAAUUUAACAAAAAAUUUAACUUUUUAUAUGCAGGAUCAUAUUAAUUUAAAAUUUGUUCUUUGUAAUCUAAACAAUUAAUAAAUAAUCCAAUAAAUUAAAAAAUAAGAAUUUGUUGAUGCAUUUUUUGAUGAAAUUAUUUCAAAGUCAAAUCAUACUGGAUCAUUCAUUAGGAUAAAGAGUAUCACAAAUUUAACAAGGGCCUUAUUAAGUAAUAUUAUAAUCUUUAAUAAUAUCUGCAAUCAUUGUUGGAAUGGUUUACUGUAUUUUGAUAUUAUAAAUGUAGAGAAAAUUCAAGUUUAAGAAUUAUAUUGUAUGAAAAACAAAAUAAAAUAAUAUGGUUGUAUAGCAGCUAAAUCAAAUGAUAAUUUGGAAGGUAAAAUGUUAAUUGAUCAAUCAACUUUUAUUUCUAAUGAUGGAAGUUUAGGAUCAGGUAUUUAUGUCUAAAAUUUAAGAAUUCUUAUAUCAAAUUCAAAUAUUAUUAAGAAUACAGCAUCUCAGAAAGGAGGUGGUAUCUAUUUUGAAUUAAGCGAUUAUAACUUUAAAAUAUUAUCUACAGCAAUUUGUAACAAUUAAGCAAAUGAAGCAGGGGGAUUAUAUUUAAGUGGAAAUAACAGAUUAAAUCAAAAUAAUUUUAUUUAAUCUCUACUCAUAUUAAAUUAAGCUUAAUAAUUUUCUAAUAAUUUAAAUGAAUCACCCUCAAGAUUAUCUUUAUUUCUUAAUCAUAUAGAAAUGGUUUCUCAAUAAGAAACAAUUGAACAUCAUCCAGUAUAAUUAUUAAUUUUAAAACCAUAUAAAAUCAUAUCAUAAGAUCGUUAAAUACAUGCAUAAUUUUUAUUUGUUCCAAGCGGUCAAUAAAUAUCAAAAUAUCAACUUUAUAAUCCUAAGCUUUAGAAUUAUUAAUCUUACAUUCAUGAUUUUAGGAUUUUAUUUAAAAAUAGCUUGAAUGAACAAUAAAAUAAUUUUUUAAACACUUCUUGUAAUAUAAUACAAUAAUUAUUUGAUAUAUAAGAAUAAAAAGUAAUGGAAUCAACCCAAAUAUCGAAAAUAAAUUUUGAAAAUGAAACAAAAAGUUUUAACUUAGGUCUUUUAGAUUUUAUUAUGGAUCCUUUUUAGCAAGAUGACAAAGUUUAAGAAGUUUUAAUUAAUUGUAAAACAAAUUAUUAUGAUGAGAGUUUAGCAUAUUUAAUGAGAGUUAAAGCCUUUCUCUGUUAAUUAGGGGAGUUUUAUAUUUCCUCGAGUUGCCAAUAAUGUUAAUCAGAAUAAGGGUUUUAUUCAGUCACAUAUAAUACAACAAAAUGUUCAAUUUUUGAUAAAAAUAAAUUUGAAGCAAUUACAUCUAAUAAAAUUCUAUUAAAAAUUGGAUAUUGGAGACCACAUUACACUUCAGAUGAUGUAGAAUUAUGUUAUAAAAACCAAAAUCUUUGUUAAGGAGGUUGGGGUGUUAAUAAUGAACUAUGUUUUAAGGGCCAUUUAGGAGGACUUUGUGAAGAAUGUGAUAGAUUUAAUAUAAGAGGAGAAGGAUAAUUCUUUAAAAAUUAAUAAUCAGUAGAGUGUGAGCAAUGUUAGGAUACUACUAAACGGUUGAUAGCAUUUUUUUUGAUUUCUAUAUGGUAUUGCAAAUUAUAAUAAAUGAUAGGGCUAUUUUAUCAACACUAUUAACUAUUGGGAGUAUAGAAAAAUCGAAUAUAUUAUUUGCAUAACUUAAACUUAGAUAAAAGUUUGCUCAUAUUUUAUUCAAACUGAAUUAAGGUAUUAAUUUAAUUAUAUUAAAUAUUUAGAUCAUGAAAGUAUUUUAUUUAAAUUAUUUCUUAAUUAUUUAUGGAUAUUUUCACUCAUCUUUACAUUUAAUAUUAACUUAACCAUAUCUUUAGGUAUUUUUAAAUAAUCAAAUGAUACUUCAUAUUUUAUGACCAAUUUUUUUGAAUGUUUUUUGUCUGAAAUAUAAGAGAUAGAAUUAAUUUAUAGUAGAAUCAUAGUUAUGUUAGUCCUUAUGCUUUGUUAAAUAUUAGCAAUCUUUAUUGGUUUUAAAAUUGUUUCAAUAAUUACAAACACUAAAUUCAAAAGCAUGAUUAUUUCAAUUACUAUCUUAUAAAUGUAUGUACAAAAUUAUGCUUCUUUACUUAAUCAGUAAUAAUAUUUAAUUAUAAUAAUUAGAUUUUUUUCUAUUUUAGUUGUUAGAUAGAUUUCAAAAAUAAAUUACAUAUCGGCUGAUGUAUCAUUAUUGUAUGGAUCUAAAAGUCAUAUAUCUUGGAUAUAUGGAUUUUCAAUACCUGGAUCUUUCUUAAUUGGAUUAAUUUUCCCCUUAUUAAUAUUUUUUAUAUUGUACACCAAUAGAGGUUAACAUGAUAAAAUAAAGUUUCGAAGACAUUUAGGAUAUUUAUUUAAUGAAUAUACUUAAAAUAGUUAUUUUUGGGAAAUUAUAAAAUUAUGGAAGAAAACUAUUAUCAUUCUUAUCUUAAUAUAUUUCUAAACUGACAUAUUUUUUAAAGCAUAAUUAUUAAGCCUUUGCUUAUUGUUUUACUAAUUGAUUUCCUAUAAAUAUCAACCUUAUAUUCUUAAGAAACUUAAUUAAUUAGAUAAUUAAAGUGUAUAAUUUUGCUUAAUUGCAAUAUUUUUAGCAGUUCUCAAAUAUAUAACUGAAUAAUAAGAAAAUCAUAAUAUUUCAGCAAUAAUUCAAACAUUUAUCAUUGUAGAUAGUAUUAUAUUGAGUUAUCCAUUUAUUAUGAAUAUUCUAAAUACUUAUAUUAUCAAACACAAAGUAAAAGUUAUUUCCUUACUCAUCAAUAUGUUUUCAGCUUUUAAAUCUAAUUUUGCAAUUACAAAAUUUCUUAGAAAUAGACUAAAUAAAUGGAGAUAAAAAGAAGAAAAAUCAAAAGAAAUUAUCGGAAAAAUCAGAUAAAUUCUAUUCAAGAAAAACAAUAUUCUAAGAAAAUAGUAAUAUACUAUAGUAUUUUUAGAUUUAAGCAUAAAGAAUAAAACAAGCAAUAUGUUUAACUCACCGUUUAGACCAAUUUCGAUUAAGAGAUAUGA